AUGGAUUAUUGGAAAUCACACCGGACGCUUAAAUGUGCAAGGAAAAUCGAUGAGGGCACACCUGAGUGUGGUUUUGAACUCUUGCCUUCUUACUUAUACAUGAUAAGAAGGGCAAAUCCGAAUACAGUUACGCGUCUUCAAAUCGAUGAGCUUGGAAGAUUCAUGUAUGUGUUUCUUGCGUUUGGUGCGAGCGUUAAUGGGUUUCCUUUCAUGCGCAAAGUUGUUGUCGUCGACGGUACGUUUCUUAAUGGUAAAUAUAAAGGGACGCUACUCACAGCACUAGCUCAGGAUGGUAACUUUCAGAUUUUUCCAAUAGCCUUCGCAGUGGUUGACACUGAAAAUGAUGAUUCGUGGAAUUGGUUUUUUACGCAACUAAAAGUGUUGAUUCCUGACCAGGAGGGUCUUGCGAUAAUAUCAGAUAGGCAUAACUCGAUAGGGAAAGCAAUUACAAAUGUGUAUCCGUUAGCUGCUCGUGGAAUAUGCACCUAUCAUUUGUAUAAAAACAUAUUGGGACGGUACAAAGGAAAAGAUGUAUUUCGGCUGGUGAAGAAAGCGGCGAGAUGUUUUAGAAUGUCUGACUUUGAUAUGAUUUUCGAGGAGAUUGAAGCACUUAAUCCUGAUCUCCACGGCUACCUCGAAAGAGCUGAUGUCAGACUGUGGACACGUGUUUAUUUCCCGGGCGAGAGGUACAAUUUGAUGACUACGAACAUAGCGGAAUCAAUGAACAGAGCAUUAUCGCAUGCUAGAGGUCUUAACAUUGUUCGAAUAUUGGAAUCGAUACGGGUUAUGAUGACCAGAUGGUUUGCUGAACGAAGAGUGGAUGCCAGAUCGCAGUCAACCACACUCACGCGCGGUGUGGAGAAACUAUUACAAGGACGUGUAAGUGCCUCCCGGGAUUGGACGGUUCAAAGGAUUGAUGACCAUCACACUGAAGUUAAAUAUGGCGCUGCUGGCGAGUCUUUGAAUGUUGUUAAUUUGGUUGAGCGAAAGUGCACAUGUCGGCGUUUCGAUGUCGAGAAAAUACCAUGUGUACACGCAAUCGCAGCUGCAGAGGAAAGAAAUGUUUCUCGUAUAUCACUGUGCAGUCCUUACUAUAAAAGCACUUAUUUAGCUAGCGCAUACGCUGAAUCGGUCAUGCCGGUUGACUCAGCGCUACCUGUUCCAGAUAACGUGGCUAACGUACAGUGCUUUCCACCGUUUAUUCGUCAACAACCGGGAAGACCUAAAAAAAUAGGAUGA